AUGCACUCAAGGAUUGACCACAUGAAGGUGGAAGAAGGUCCAGCCUUAGAUUAUGGUGAUUACUCUUUGGAAGUACAGGACACUGACUUUGAAGUUGAUGCUGGAGCUGCUAAUGCGAACCAACGGGAUCGUACAGCAAGUGAUAAUCCACUGUCACAAUGGAUGGAGGACCAGGACAUUUAUCUACAGGAAUUGCUACAAAACAAGGGCCACGAAGACUAUAUUCACAACACUGUCUGCAGGAAUUGUGGCUCUGGCGCUCCACGUUUUUGCUGUAGGGAUUGCUUUGGCACCGAGUUGUGCUGCCACAACUGUGUUGUUACAUUGCACGCCAAACAUCCAACACAUCGGAUACAGGAGUGGAUAGGCCUUUACUUUGUGACCAUCUCACUGAAGAAACUAGGGUUGCGCAUGCAAUUGGGUCAUCCAGUAGGCGAACACUGCUUGCUGCCUCAAAGGGCAUUUAACGAUGAUUUUACUCUCAUCGACACCAAUGGGAUCCAUGAGAUUGGGCUUGAUUUCUGCGGCUGCGAGGUUGCCGAGAGACAUACCAAGCAGCUGCUUCGCACAGCUUGGUUUCCAGCAACAUCCACAGAUCCACGCAGUGCAGCUACUUUCCGAAUUCUCGAACAAUACCACCUACUAUCGUUCAAAUCCAAAGCUUCAGGGUACGAGUUUUAUCACUCCCUUGCUCGUCUGACCGAUAAUACAGGACUUCAACCUCGAAAGGAUCAUUACGAGGCAUUUUUGCGGAUUAUCCAGGAAUGGCAACACUUGAAAAUGCUCAAGCGAGUGGGCCGAGGUUAUGAUCCCAGCAGUGUGAAGAAUACCAAGAGUGGUGAAUGUGCUGUACUUUGCCCAGCAUGUCCGCAGCCCGGUAGAAACCUUCCUGACAAUUGGGAAGAGGCGCCAAAAGAAAUACACUGGCUAUAUGGUCUUUUUUUAGCCAUCGACGCCAAUUUCCGACUUAAACGACGAAUGGUGUCAAAAGACAGUGUAGACCCCGGCCUUAGUCACGGGUGGGCAUAUUUCGUUGAGGAAACCACAUACAAGAAAUUUAUACAAUCUCAUGGCGGCACGCUACAGCAGAAAAGCACGUGUUCGUCGCACAACGCCGUAAACAUGGCAGACAUGAAGGUAUCUCAGGGUCUUGCUGCAACUGGAGUCGGCACCAUCAACUGUGAAAGAUACACUAACAUGGAUUUUCUCUUCUUUUCAACUCUCCAUGGACGUGGUAUCGACACUCUCAAUAUUUCAUACAACAUAGCGUGCCAAUGGCACAAAAAUCUCUGGGAGAGGAUGUCAGCCAUGCCUUCCGAACUUCAUCUUGACCAUGCUAUGAAGUCUGUAAGGUUCUUCAUGCCCAAAUUCCACUUGCCAGCACACAUUCUCAAGUGUCAGACCAUGUUCUCGUUUAAUUUCUCGAAGAACGUCGGAUGCACGGAUGGUGAAGCCCCUGAACGGGGCUGGUCAAAUAUUAAUCCGGUUGCCUCCAGCAUGAAAGAAAUGGGGCCAGGCUUGCGGAGAGACACACUUGACAAUCACUUCGGUGAUUGGAGUUGGAAGAAGGUUGUAGGACUCGGUUCAACACUCCUUCGCAAGAUCAAGGAGGCCAAGGAGGAAAGUGAGGUGCAUCGGAUCGCAUUUGAAGAGCUCAAUGGAGCUUUGAGGCUGGAGACAACGGGGCUGUGGACAAUCGCAAUCGAACACUGGGAGGACAAUCUGAAUGACUCAUCGGUCACCAACCCCUUCAAAGCAAAGGUCAUUCGGACAGAUGUCUCUAUGCACGCUGAUGUGUCUUCAAGUAUAUUUAUUGCAUCAGGGAUUGACUUGGAGAAUGAGCAGUGCUGUCUGAAAGUAGAUAUUGGGAAGCAGGGUCUGCACACCACAGAUACGCAGAUGGGCACAGUCCAACGACAGUGGAACACGCUGCAAUGCAAAAUUGAUACUUGGAAGCACAUUCAAACUCUCUACACCCCUGCAGUACAGCUCUUAGAAUCCAGGGCCAAGCAGCCUUCCCACAGUACCUCAGACAUGAUCAAACCUGAAGAUUCCCAACUCUGGCUCCCAUCCACUCUAGACUGGUUGCACGGUCAAAGUGCAAACACCCGAGCCCAGAAUGCCGUCAGUCGCGUUGAAGCCAGGGCAACAGCUGCAGCUGAGAAGUAUCAUGCAGCGCAUAUGGCUCUCUCGUCUCUUGCACACGUGCUCAGAAAGGUUGGCUGGGAUCACAAAUAUCAGGUCCUUGAUAGGAAGAAUGAUAUACGUGGGAUGUCAGUUCCCAAGCGAGGGGAAAGUGAAGGUCGAAGACAGUUAUCGUGGAUCUGGCUAGUGGAAGGAGUCAGGGAUGAUGAGGACGAAGUAAUACAAUAUAGUCUCAGAGUCGAAUGGUGCAAAGCUUGUGCGAGGUCCAUGCGAUGGGCAGAAGAAGUUGGGCUGCUCCAGGAGGAGAUGCACCGGGUGUCCUGCUUUCUUAGGUGGCACGCAAGCUGGUGGAGCACGAAGAUCGUGGAACGCAUGCUUGGUACUGCUGCUGACAAUGAGGGUCUGGGCGCCUAUGCCUGUCGUCAGGCUCAGUUUAGGGAUGAUCUCACCGACUGUUUCGAGAAGAAGUGGGCAGCGCAUCACCCACUGACAGUAGCAGACACCCGCUGUAAUAAUAUGCGUUCAGUGGAUAGUGCUCCUGAGAGUAUGGCGGCUAGUGAAGCCGAGUUAGAUCUGUACCUCCCAGAAUUGCCACUCCCUUAA